GCUCAAUUGAGUACCAGUUUCUUGGGGCAUUCACGCGGUCACUCGCUAAGCACGUGACAACUCCGAAUGCUGCCCUUACCGUGAGCAAACCCAUCCAUGUCAUUCAUCCCGUUGGCAUUGAGAAGCGACACGACAAAAAAGAUGCGACAACUCAGCCAAUGCCCGAGAUAUAAUAGCCUCGAGCUCUGAGGGCCCAGACGAGGUUCAGUUCAUGUGGUCGUGAGCUCUGGGCAGCGGAACCUCCCAAGAUGCCACUAUUAUUUCUAAUGAGGACGAUAUCGUCUUUGUGCGCGAGAAACAGUUGAGGACUCAUCCCAUCAAACAUGAUACGUCCAUCAUCAAACAAGAUCCAUGUGUUGUCCUUGUGAGCCGGAAGCAGUCGAGAACCCAUCGUCAGGACCUGGAGCGACCAGACAAUCAUAUUGUGACUCCUCCCUCUUUGUCCCGUUACGCUCCACCUCAGAGCAACACGACCACCCAGGAACACCUCUGGCACCCAGGAACACCUCUGGCACCCAGGAACACCUCUGGCACCCAGGAACACCUCUGGCACCCAGGAACACCUCUGGCACCCAUAGAAAUGGGAGUCCUUGUCAGCGACAAGGGCUUGACUGUGAUGAUCCAUCCGUUGAUCGGAUUCCACGUCGCACCAACACAUUGACGACUCGUCGCGUGCCCAAACUCGCCGAUUUCUUCAUCGUUGUCACUGAAAGGCCUCCCUUCUUGCGUUUACGAAGCGGCCCCGGCUGGCUUGUCGAGGAGUACCGGGCCUUGGGCAAUAUAUCCGCUCAGGUUCGCAUCUCACCGCGGCUACAACCGUCCUUGAAUGCCAAGAUCCUCACAGAGGACAUCACAAGUGCCAACUGGGUUAACCGCAGAUUGGCCCCCGUCAUCGCCGAACGGGCAAAGUCAGAGUUCCGAGACCCAGAGACGGAUAACAUAUAUUACUAG